GUGCCGCGGAACCUUGCUGCCGCUCUGCCGUUUCCUGCCGGAGCAGCGCCGCGCAGACGCGGCGCCGGUCGCUAUGGCAGCGGAGCUGUGGGGCUGGGGGUCGGUGGUGCUGGUGUUGAUGUUGGUGUUCGCGCUGCUGCUCGGUGGUUCACGCUGCCUACGGCGCCGUUACGCGUCGGACGGGGCUCGAGUCUUCCCGAGCGGAAAGGCAGCGGCGGUGGCCGCAUGGGCGAGUGGCGGCCGCGCCUUGCUGGUGACGGCGCACCCUGAUGACGAAGCGAUGUUCUUCGCCCCCACGGUGCUGGGCUUGCGCAGGGUCGGUGCUCGCAUCGCUCUGUUGUGCUGCUCCUCAGGAAAUUAUUACAAUCAAGGAGAGGUUCGUAAGAAGGAGCUGGAGCAGAGCUGUUCUCUUCUGGGGAUUCCUGCUUGCGAUGUAACAGUCAUCGACCACAGGGAGCUUCCAGAUGACCCUGCUGUUGAAUGGGACACACAGCUCCUUGCCACCUUUGUGCUGAAGCAUGUAGAAGCCAAUAACAUCAACCUGGUGGUAACCUUUGAUGCAGGAGGAGUGAGCGGUCACGCUAACCACAUUUCUCUUUACACCGCUUUAAGGUACCUGCACUCAGAGAGGAAGAUACCUGAAGGGUGCCAUGUGCUUGUGCUUCAAUCAGUAAAUCUCUUCCGGAAGUACAUCUCCAUCCUGGAUGUGCCCAUUUCCUACCUCCUGCCUGGAGAUGCCCUCUUCAUACUCACAGAGGAAGAGACUGAACAAGCCAAGAGAGCCAUGCAGUGUCAUGGCAGCCAGCUCCUCUGGUUCCGCCACAUCUAUCUGCUUUUCUCACGUUACAUGGUCAUCAAUUCACUCCAACUUCUGUGAAAGGGAUGCCACUCACAACUACAGGAACAAGCAAAGACUGUGCCAUGCCCAAGAUUAAAGCAAAUACACCUGUUAUGUGUUCAAGAGGACAGGAUUCCGUGUGCCAUUCUUUCAGACUACAAAACCCAAUCUACGUGAACUUCCUUCUGAGUGUCUUGCUGCUUGACACAACGAGAUGAGCAAGGUUCAACAACUGCUCUUUUGUCUCAGCAGGGUAAGAAAUCUGGAUAAACCUAUACAGAAAUAUUCUGCAUUAGAGAAGAUAUGGCACAAACUGUUCUUCCCCAGGAGGAUACAGCUACAAUGAAGAACUGCUUGGCAACUAUCUCUUGGUGCUUUUGUAAAAUCCAUAUAUCAGGAGUAACUUUUCAAAGGUCAUGUUGUCUCCUCAGAUAAAACCAGAACCACAAGACCUGUCUUAAUCAGAACUUUAAAGAGCCAAAGCUUAUGAAUAAAACAUCGGAAAUCACACA